GGGCCAGGUUCUCCCUCCCCAAGACGGGAAAGCCUUCACCCCGCAUCUUCAGAACAGAACGAUUAGCCGGCUCAUGCGAUGACUCGUCGCCCCCUCUCGAGAAUCCAAGAAACCCACACCUCUUUUCACCACAUUAUACCUUAAUCAUGCCUAUCCCCUGGCCACCUCCUUCCAUCCCCAACGAGUUUGGCACUGCCACUCUCUCCCUCGGCAACGCCAUCCAUCAUCCCCUCCAACCCCGUCUCGAAGCAGCCGCCAAAGCCGGCUACCGCUGGAUCGACCUCUUCGACGAAUGCUGGGCCGCCUAUCUCGAGGAACAUGGACUUCCCGGUGACCAGCUCUGGGAAGCGACCCCGGACAACCUACAGAUCGCACGGAAGCUCGGCGCCCUAGUUCGGUCCCUGGGAAUGCGCAUCGCAUGCACCCAGCCUCUGCGCAAGAUCGAGGGCAUCAAGGACCCCGCUGAGCGGCGCGCCUCGCUGGAUCUGGUGGCCAAGCGUUUCCCGUUCAUGCGCGCCUUUGACACCGACCUCGUGUUUAUGUGUGCCAACAUCCGCACCGAUGAGGGAGUCACGUCGGACCUGAAGACGGUUGCACGCGAUCUAGCGGAACUCGGCGACAUGGCCAAGGCUUAUUCGGAUGCAGAUGGUGGUCCCAUGUUGCGUAUCGGGUAUGAGGGUCUUUCCUGGGCGACGCGCAACACCUGGGCAUCCACUUGGGAAGUCGUGCGGAUGGCCAACCGUCCGAAUGUUGGACUGAUUGUCGAUGCAUUCAAUGUGCUGGCGGUGGAGUUUGCGGAUCCGUAUAACCCCGCUGGUCAUGGCCGUAUUUAUCCAACCCUGGAGGAGUCCUUGGACGUGUUACGUGCCUCUCUAGCGUCGCUUGUGGCUUCGGUGCCUGGCGAUCGCAUCUUCUUCUUUCAGGUGGGCGAUGCGGAGCUCAUGUAUCCCAAGACCUUUCGCCCGCCGACGGAUCCAGAAGUGCCUGCAUUGUUGCCGUGGUCGCGCGGACAUCGCUUGUUUCCGUUUGAAUCGCAGCGCGGGGGAUAUAUGCCGGUGGAGCUGGUUGCCGCCGCGGUAGUGGCGACGGGAUACCGGGGGCCGAUGUCUUUGGAGGUGUUUAACAAUUCGCUGAAUGUACCGGGUCCAGAGGUCGCCAGUGUUCAUGCUGAACGAGGGAUUACAGGUCUGCGCAAACUGGCCGAGGCAGUCUCUCGAGUUCCAGCGUUCUGGGAGACGUGGCAGGCUCGUUUAUAAAAUAUGGGUUGUCGUAUUGAUCCUUUUGUAUAUUGCAGCUAAGCGGAUUGGAUAUUCCCAAGCUCAAUCCAUUGCACGCUGAUCUACGACCAUCUCUAGAAAGGGUAGCAACGUUACGCCUUCAUAAA